AUGUCGACAACAGAGCCCAAAAGCAGCUCGGAUGAAUUUGAGCCGAAGACCUUAGAGGCUGGAGAGGAGCACUCCCCCACCAUUGUUGAUGAUGCUGAGGCUGCUCCUCCAGCCCCAGCUCCAGCCCCCGCACCGUCGCAGCAGUCACAGAUCCCUAAUGGUGGCUUGCAGGCGUGGCUGCAGGUGCUUGGGGCUCAUUUGCUGUUCUUCAACUCAUGGGGCAUCGUCAACACCUUCGGCGCCUUCCAGGCCUACUACGAGAGUGACCUCCUCUCCCACGAAUCCUCGUCCAACAUCUCCUGGAUCGGCACAUUCCAAGGCUUUCUGUUGAUUGUAAUCGGCAGCGUCACGGGUCCCGUCUUUGAUCUAGGAUAUUUCCGAUCUACGCUAUCCGUCGGCGCUUUCUUGAUUGUCUUUGGGUUGAUGAUGACCAGUCUUGGGACAGAGUAUUACCAAAUCUUUCUUGCGCAGGGUCUCUGCGUUGGGUUGGGCACGGGAUGUCUGUUCUUGCCUAGUGUUGCUAUUGUUGCGACGUAUUUCAGUACCAAAAGAGCCUUGGCAACGGGUAUUACGGCUGCUGGAGGAAGUAUUGGGAGUGUGAUAUAUCCGAUUGUGUUUCGCAAGCUUCAACCUCAGAUUGGUUUCCCGUGGGCGACCAGAGUGUUGGGAUUCAUUGCACUGUUUACAUUGACGAUCAGUGUGUUGCUCAUGAAGCCCCGUUUGCCACCACCGAGCAAGACGCGCAGCUUGUUUGAUAGUGCUGCGUUCAAGUCUGUACCAUACGUCGUCUUUAGCAUUGGUCUCUUCCUGGCUUUUAUCGGUCUUUACAUCCCGUUCUUCUAUAUCGUGCUUGCUGGAGAACGUCGAUACGGCCUCCCGGAUGAUUUGUCGAAUUACAUGCUCUCGGUUCUGAAUGCUGCUUCUGUCUUUGGACGUAUUAUCCCCGGUCUUUUGGCGGAUAAGUUUGGAUCGCUGGAGAUCCUUACAUACUGCACGAUUUCGGCAGCCAUUAUGUCCUUUUGCUGGGCCGCCGUGCACAAUCUCGGCGGCUUGGUUGUCUACUGUCUAUUCUAUGGAUUCCUCUCCGGCGCCGUGGUAUCGCUACCCACAACAGUCGUUGCUGGCCUCGUCCCCGAGCUCCGACUCAUGGGUACCUGGAUGGGAAUGAGCUUCAGUUUUGCGGGUUUGGGACUGCUGAUUGGAAACCCUAUUGCUGGAACGAUUAUCAAUGUUGCCGAGAACAAGUUCACGGGCGGAUUCUUCUUCUCAGCUAGUACGGUGAUUGCGGCUGGUGUUAUUUUUGUUGGAGUUGGAAUUUAUAGGCCUGCUUCAUUCAAGUGGCUGAAGAAAGUGACUGGUACACAGCGAAAGGUUGAACAGUGA